UUUCUGCGACAGCUCUCCGACUGUCUACAUGUAGCCACAAAAGAUUUUCAACAUAGAUUUUACGCUUUUAAGGCAGAUUUUUAAAAAUUCUUUCUUGUGAGUUAUAAAGCAUCGGCGCAAAGGUGAGAAACGACCUCGUUUGUUCAACAACACUGUUUGUGACAGUUUCGGUGAACACGGUUUUAGUCAGUCAGCAGUGUUCAUUUGCCAGUUCCAGGCUGUGGCUACGGUGGCUAGCUAGCAGUUGUUUAGCUAAUUUAUGCCGGAUGCUAUCCAUUGCGGAUGUGGUGCAGAAUAAAAGAGCACUGAUGCGACAGAUUAAAUACAGACACUGGUUCAGUUCACCUUUUUGGGUGUGUUACUCUGGUUUCUUUGUGGUGCUUAAUGAUUUUGAAUUGUUUUAAUAUAGUUAUUCGGUUUUAUUGGCUCAGAUUUUACCCCUUGUUUUCAGAUCCGACUUCCAUGAGAUGAACUCGAUUGCUCAGUAUUGGCUCUGCCUCCUGCUCAAAAACACCCUUUUAUAUGUCUAUUUUUAAGCAUAAUUUCUUUUCUUCACAUUUAAAUGAUACAUUUAAAUUUGUGAGUACUGAGACACUGUCUCACAUUGAAUUUUAGUCCAUUUAUUUUUCUCAAAUUGGUCCAAAGCCACUUCUGUUGAAAGACAGUCUUUGUCCUUUUGUAUCAGGAAAUGGUUUUCCUUUCAUUUGCACUUUCCUAGCUUCAUUCUUCAGUCACCUUUAGGUAUCAUUUUGGAGCUGGAAUAUGACUUCAGUUGAGGCACAUCAUGCAAUGUGCACACUCGGUGAACACUAGUCAUGGCUGAGUGUGAUGGCACCUUUGUGAAUGGCACUGCAUUGGCUGUGACCCAUGAGUGAAUAUUAUGAAGAGGGCGGGUUGCUGUAUGAGCGCUCGCCUCCCAUGCACAUUAAAGUGGAGUCGCCUGAAGGUGCCUUCGGAGGUCGUGUCUCGGAAGACGGCUUCCCCCGUGAAGACGAUGACUCCGAAGGCAGCUGCGAUCACGCUGGCCUGCCCUUCAACGUCGUGGUCGUACAUCCCAACAUUGUCGCUCCUGGAGUGGCUUCUGAUGAACUGAUACCCAUUCAACAAAACAGAGGUGUUUCAGCAGCGUUGGCUUCAGGGGGUGCAGGUAAAAGGAAGAGUAGGUUUAGCGGUGCUGAAUUGGAGGUGCUGGUCUCAGAAGUAACCCGGUGCGAAGGGGAAUUGUUUGGCCCGGCUGGCAGACUCAGGCGGCGUGAGAGAGAGCGAAUAUGGGCUGGAAUCUUGGAGCGUGUGAACGCUGUAUCCCGAGUCCCACGCACUCUUCGGGAAGUAAAGAAACGUUGGGACGACCUGAAGAGACGCAACGGUGGAAAACUGGCAGAUGCAAGGUUCCGUUCAUGGCUUCCAUCCAGUAGAGGGAGUGCAGUUCUGGGAGGGCCUAGCCAGUUGAGCCCCAGGUUUCACCAAGCCCGACAAAAAUUGAGUACAAGGGGGAAGGCCAGUUUCUCCUGUUUCUCUGACACUGAUCCAGUUACAGGAGGGGAUGGUUCCGAAAGAGAUGGCUUUGAAAAGGAGGAUGAGUCUCAUGAGCAGGAAGGUGAAGAAGGAACCAAUUAUGAAGGUGUAGAUAACAGCAUGGAAGACAAACUGGGAUUAGGCCUUGGGUUAGGAAUAGUACCAGCCCCAACAUCCGAGCGCUGGCUUCCUCCUUCACCACUCUAUAGUGCCCCCUUCCUGAAUGGUACACCUCAGCCAAGUCCGGAACCAUCACUCGGUGCUCAUCAGGGUCCGAUUGAGCCUCCGCCUUCACGCGCUUCCUGGCUGGAGGACGAACUUCGGGGACUCGGGGAAGCGGCUGUGCAGCUUGGAGAUCGCCUCGAGCAGAACCUAAGGGAGUUUGGCGAAGGUUUCAGGCGUGACAUGCGGACACUCGUAGCUUCACAAGAGGCUCUGACAAUCAGCUUACAGCAAAAUAAUGUGCUCUUGCAGAGACUUUUGGGUCUUCUUGAAAUGCAGCAGCAGCAAACGCAGCCUCCGCAGCACCAAAUUCCACAUCAGCUUCCACAACGAUUGUCUCAAGAACAUUUGCAGCACAGACAACAACAAGAAGAUCUGCCCCAGCAAAUUUUAUCCCAAGAGCUUGAGCAACAACUUCCUCAAAAUGCAAAUGAACAAAUAUCAACAGCUGCUACUUCUGUACCCCUACCCCCGGAUAUUUUAGAUGGCACUUCCCAGCCUGAAUCAGCAACUGAGACAAAUGCCCAGAGGCCAUGUCGAGGUAGACCAGGAGACCACAGACGGAAGCGUAGGCAUUAGAUAUGUACAUUAUCCAGAAAUACUGUUUAUUUCUAUAAAGGUUUUAUAUGAAGAUGUGCAUUUGAAUUACAGGUUGUGCCAUGUAAAAAAUACAUUUUGCCUGUUGCAAAAAUGAUGCUAUUAAAUUACAGAAAAAGAUGAUACAGUUGAUAUUAAUGGGUUAUUCUGUGUUAAAUGGCUGUAGACGUUAGGACAAUUUGUUUACACUGCACAGCAUGGAAUAUUGAUUUACGAGAAGAAAUCCAUUUUGGUGACGGAUAUGAUGUUGCCUAGAGGUCAGAGUUGUUUUUCCAGAUAAAAAUCCCCACGAUGGAGCACAUAUUCGCAACCCUGGUCCGGGAGUACCCCUGUCCUGCAGAUUGUAGUGUUUUUGCUGCUCACCAAUCUGCUAAUUCACACCUCUUUCUGAGGUGAAGUGUGCUUGUGUGUAGAGCAGGGCAAAUGCUAAAAUUUGGACAGAAGGUGGUCCCGGACCAGGUUUGCAAACUUGACUUGGUUGAGGGUUUUUAUUUUUGUAGGAUGGUCACCUAUUAUAGACAGUUGUUGUCCAUUUUUAUUAUUUUCGGAAAACCUGUACACCUGCACAUUCGUGUAGUCAUCUAAUCAGCCAAUCAUGUGGCAACAACACAGGGCUUAAAGUCAGGUAGAUACACGUCAAGAGCUUCAGUUAAAGGUAGACUGACUGCCUUUCAGAUUUUUCAAGUGUAGGUCAUAAAAAGAAUUUUCCCUGACACCUAGUUAUUUUUGUUUAGUGGAUCGAAAGCUACUGAAUUCGAAUCACAGACUUCCAGUUUUAUUAGUUUUUUUUUUUUUUUAAAGUGGAACAAUUAAUGAAUUUAGGACCAUGUGGCCCUAAAUUCUCCACUGUUUUUUCCUGCUUCACCAUGACCCAAUUCAAGAUACUACAUCAAGCAUCACGUAGCGUGCGAAUGAAACAUGAAAAACUGACUAUGGUAACGGAAAGCGAGAAGAAAAGACAUUGUGUUGUGAAGGAAAGGAAAUGCAGGACCAAACUAAUAAAUAUCAGCAGCCAGCGAGCACCUCGGUGUGAUCAGCUGUUCGUUUAGCAACAGAAUGAUGUAACUGUCAGUGCAUGGUCACAGGUAAACCUGUAGAUGGCAGUAAUGCAACACUGGAUGCCAGCUGCCGUAAAACCCAAAAGAAGAAGAAAAAGAAGGUAAACCUGUGCAUGCGCACACGGACUUCCUCUGUCUGCUUGACUGCGCAAAGCGAGCGAUUUCAUGCACAUUAUUUGCUAGGGAAUCCCCUCAAAUUAAAUAACUUCCCAGCCACAGAAUGGCCUGGUUUUAGAUAUUACAGAAAUAAACGUGCAUCACAAUGACCACAUUUCAGAGGGAACUACACUACCAUUCAAAAGUUUGGGGUCACUUUGAAAUUUCCUUAUUUUUGAAAGAAAAGCACUGUUCUUUUCAAUGAAGAUCACUUUAAACUAAUCAGAAAUCCACUCUAUACAUUGCUAAUGUGGUAAAUGACUAUUCUAGCUGCAAAUGUCUGGUUUUUGGUGCAAUAUCUACAUAGGUGUAUAGAAGCCCAUUUCCAGCAACUAUCACUCCAGUGUUCUAAUGGUACAAUGUGUUUGCUCAUUGCCUCAGAAGGCUAAUGGAUGAUUAGAAAACCCUUGUACAAUCAUGUUAGCACAGCUGAAAACAGUUUAGCUCUUUAGAGAAGCUAUAAAACUGACCUUCCUUUGAGCAGAUUGAGUUUCUGGAGCAUCACAUUUGUGGGGUCGAUUAAAUGCUCAAAAUGGCCAGAAACCUGUCUUGACUAUUUUCUAUUCAUUUUACAACUUAUGGUGGUAAAUAAAAGUGUGACUUUUCAUGGAAAACACAAAAUUGUCUGGGUGACCCCAAACUUUUGAACGGUAGUGUAAAUUUCACAGAUUUUAUGAAAUCGAAAGGCCGUCUAGCUUUAAUGUUCACAUCAAAUAUCAGAAAGGGCAAAAUGUGAUCUCUCUGACUUUAACUAUGGCAUAGAUAUUGGUAUGAGAUGGGCCGGAUUGAGUAUUUCAGAACCUGCUGAUCUCCUGGGAUUUUAACACACAAUAAGUCUCUAGAGUUUAUACAGAAUGGCACAAAAACAUCCUGUGAGCGGAGGAUCUGCAGGCUGAAACAACUUGCUGAUGAAAGAGAUCUGAGGAGAAUGACUAGACUGCUCUGAUCUGACAGGAAGUCUUGUAUAGUAACUCAAAUAAGCACUUUUUUACAACGGUGGUGAACAGAAAAGCAUCUCGGAACGUACAGCAUGUUAAACCUUGAGGUUGAUCGGCUAUAACAGCAGAACACCACAUCAGAGUCCACUCCUGUCAGCCAAGUGAAAACAUCCGAGCUCAUCAUGGGCAUAACUUCACUUAAACUGGACGGUUGAAGACUGGAAACAGACCAGGUGUUUUUUUUUUCUUUUCUUCCCCCUUCUAAUCUUUAGCUGUCCAGUUUGGGGGAGUCUUUGUUCAUGAUGGCCUCAGAUUCCUGUUCUUGGCUGACAAGAGUGGAAACCAGUGGUGUCUUCUGCUGUUGUGGCUCACCUAACUCAAGGUUCGAUGUGUUGUGCAUGCUGAGAUGCUUUUCUGCUCACCAUGGUUGUAAAGAGUGAUUAUAUGAGUUACUAUAUCCUUCCUGGCAGCUCAAACCAAUCUGGCCAUUUUCCUCUUAGCUCUCUUAUCAACAAGACGUUUCCACCCACAGAACUAUCGCUCACUCACUCACUCAAGGUUUUUUUUUUCCUUUCUUUUUUCUUUUUCCGCAGUAUUCUUUGUAAACACUAGAGAAUACUGUGUGGGCUGUUUCAUAAUCAUGGUUGUCUUUUUGAAUAACACCAACUAACUCCCUGCAACUAGGUCCUGUGUGUGUGCGCGCGCGCGCUGGAGUUUCUUAUACCUUAUUUUACAGGAAGACGCCAGCUUUACCUCCAGCACUAAUGUCUCUUACUGUAAAAGUUCUUAUAAAUCUGUUUAUAAGAGUCAAAUCCAGGCUCAGUUUUGACCUUGUGGUCAUUUCAUUGAUUUCUACUUUAAUUAUUACACUUAAGUUGUACUGGUUAAAUUCAGAAUUGCAUUUUUUAGUACUAACUAGGUUUUACUUUGGGAUGUAUAAAGUACUUUCAUUCACAAUAGAAAGCUAUUAAGUGGAAGUUACUUUGUUUGUAAACUAAGUGCCUCCGACAGUAUCCUUUGUCUGUCAAAAAUGUCCUCUCUGGAAGAUACUCGCUAUAUGAUGAGGCUGUAAAUGAUUUUUAAGAAAAUAUGUGUCUUUUGAAGCAGAAUACGUACUCUGUUGUUUGUUGCACAGUUAAAAACAGGACUUGAAACGCAUGAGACACAUUUGCAGCAGAGCUUCACAUGUGGUUGAAAUGUGAAUCCGUCAAAAAGAGUCUUCUCCGGAAAACCACAAGGAUCAUCACCACUUCAGUUGUUAUUACAGUUACCACCGUGUACAAACAUCACUGCACAGUGCCUGAAAAUUUGUACUUAAAAUCACAUCCAUUUGAACAGUUUUCCACUUUGCUUGUAUGCCUUACUCUUGUGAACUAUAAGAAAGGUGGUCAGUUUUAGAAAUGGACUAUAUGCCAUCUUCACACCACAGUAACACGCCCAGUGUAUGAGCUGAAGCUCUGAAAUUCUACACAGUUCAUUUCCAUCUCUAAAGGUCAUUUUUGGCAGAAGAGAAACACACAAAUCUGAGGUUUGAUUUUUGGACUGUUGUGGCCCUGAAAAGUAUACAGUGAUUGUGAAACAGCCUGUGUGUGAAAUUCAGCAAUUUCUGAAAUACUCAAAGCAGCUCAGCUGGUGCCAACAACCAUGCCGCGAUCAAAGUCACAGAGAUCACACAUUUUCUUCAUUCUGGUGUUUGAUAUGAACAUUUAACUGAAGCCCUUGACCUGUAUCUGAAUGAUUUUAUGCACUGUGCUGCUACCACAUGAUUGGCUGAUUAGAUAACUACAGGAAUGUGCUGUUGUACCAGUGUUCCCAAUAAAGUGGACAUUGUGUAAACCUGUAUUUAGUUAUUAGAGUAUGAAAAUGCAGUUUAAGACAUUGUAAAUUUAUUCACUGUAAAUGUCUCCUUGCAAUAUUUGUUGCUUAAUUCGCCACCUCCUGCUGCCUGUUACUGGUGGUCAUUUGUUUUGCCUCUGUGGGGCUGGUUAUGGCUGAUGUUGGUGUAUUCACAGGAAAAGGUGUUAUGGGGGUGAAACGUAUUUCUUUAGAAAAACACCAUUUUAAAAAUUGCUUAUUUAUAGUGGAGUGGAGUAUUAUUUAGCAUUAUAAUCAAGUCAUAGGAAUAAACUGUAGAUUUGAAGUCUGUUUUACUGAAUCAUAAUGUGCAUCAGCUCAUGACUUGGCUAGUAUGCUCAAUGUCAUUGGCAAGCCACGUCACUAGCAUUAGCAACAAACCUAAGAAGCUGUUGAAAAUGUAUAUUUUGUAAUAAUGCUUGUUUGUUAUAAACAAUGAGCCUCAUUUGUUAUUCAUGAAAA